UUUCGUUUGCGACGCGUGCUUUAAAACACGUUUGUUGCACGCCAUUGCAGAUUUAUUUGGCAAUUGUUAUUAAUUUGUAAUUAGGAAUUAAAUAGGGCACUCACUAAGAAGCCGCUAAAUAAGUUUCUGUAGUGUAAUUCAACGCUUGCGACGAUUGAAGAAAAAAGUGUCAAAACAGCAUUUUGGCUAGCCCGCGAGUUUGUGUUUUGUGUCUGUGUAUGUAUGGAUGUGUUUGAAACCAACAAAAAGUCUUAUACAGCAGAAAAGGCGGCAAAAAAACCUACUUAUAUGCAAGGCAAAGCGGCACAGAAAAAAGUGCAUCAGCAAACAUAAUUAUUAAACGUGUAGUCGGCGCGUUUAUCUAAAAAAAAGAGAAGAAGAAAAAACACCGACCAUAACAACAAUAUAGCGACGACUGCGCUUCGCUUUGUGCGUCAAUGGCGGCGGCGACAAUACAAGAAAAACAACAACGACAGAAGCUGUCAGGAAUAAAGCAAGAGCAACAAUAAGCAGCAGCAGCAGUAACAACAUCAACAAAUAAAAUACAGUGUUUUUUCGCUAUCGUGGAGCACCCAAAAGUAUGCUUUACUUGUUACAUGUGAGCAACAGAAGUAGGCGCAACAGCAUAGCAGAGACAACAACCACAACGACGACGAGACAACAGCAGCAAAUUUAAAUUAAUUGCAAAAUUGGCUGCGCAAAUUGAUAUCAAGCAGGAGAUAAUAAAAUAAAAACAGGAAUAAGAGGAAAUAGUGGAAGUGGAAGUGGAAGAAGGCGGCGGCAGUAAAAAUACGAAUAAUAAAACAAAUAUAAUACUUCAAAGCUGUCCAGUGACAAUUCAACGACUUACGACUAAUCACAACAGGUCAGAACGAUGGCGUCCUCGCCGACACCAUCACUGGACUCGAUGCGCGGCGCCAAUUCCAUAGAAUCGUACGAGCAUGGCGGCUAUCUCUCUGACUCGCCCCUAACAUUGAGCGGCUCUUCUCCACCGGCCAGCGAUUCGGCCAUAUGCAGUGACGAAUAUACGGGAGGGAGUAGCGCCAAGACCUCCAAUGUGACGGUUAUCAAUGCACAUUUGUCCAUUUCGGCAUCGGUGUCAUCCUCCUCAUCGGCCAGCUCAUCGUCCUGCUCCUCCAGUUCAUCAUCAUCGAGUGCAUCCUCAACCUCAUCAACCAGCGGCCUCAGUGGCUGCGGCAGCACCAGCAGCAGCGUCAUCAGCACCAACAACACCACCGUGGUGGGACCCGGCGUCAUUGGCAGCAAUCUGCAAGGCAACAGCAAUAAUGUCAACAAUAACAGCAAUGCGGGCAACAAUGUGAGUAGCCUGGUCGUGGGUGCGGGCAAAGGCAGCAACAACAACAGCAACAGCAGCACAAUCGGCAGCUCAAACAACAGCAAUGGCAGCAACAACAACGCCAUCGUUGCACGCUGCACCGCCUGCAAGAGUAAGUGCAGCGAUGCGGUCGCCAAAUGCUUCGACUGCCUGAGCUUUCUGUGCGCCAACUGUGUGACUGCCCACGAAUUUAUGCACUGCUUCAACGGCCACAACGUGUGUCGGAUCAAGGGUGGCUUCGAUGCCAGCACGCCGCCCAACAGCAGCUGCUCGCCCAACAAUGCCACAGUCAACGGCAACAGCAAUCAGCACAAUAAUCCAGCCUCUAGCGACUUCAAAUAUGCCAGUUCGCUGACCAUGAUGCUGCAGCAACAACAACAGCAGGCACAGCAUGAACAGCAGCAGCAACAACAGAUGCCGAUGUCGCAGCUCUCGAAGAUCGUGCUUGCCGCAGCCGCCGCGUCCAAUCCCCAGGAGCAGCAGCAACAACAACAUGACUCGCUUUAUGUGUCGAUGCAUCCGCAACUGCAGCAAAACACAGCUGUAGGAGGAGGAUCGCAGGUUACAGCAAAUGGUACAUCCUCGGCAUCGGCGGUGGCUGCUUCCGGGGGUGGUGUUCAACGUCAGCUCUUCUGUCCACGCCACAAGCACGAGCUCUUGAAAUUCAGCUGCCGCACCUGCUGCACCCUGGUCUGCAAGGAGUGCAUCGUGCAGGAGCAUUCCACAGGUCACGAGCUGGAGAAUGUGCAGUCGCCACCACCAAUGACAAGCGCACCCAUAGCCACCGGGAACGAGAUGGCGCUGCAAACACUGCUCGCCGAUAUGCGCGGCAAGAUCGGAGAGAUUGUGGCCAUUGCUGGCAACUCGGAGCAGAGCGUUAAUAAGAUCAAGCAGCAGUACCAAAAGGCCCACAAUGAGCUCAAUGAGACGCAUCAGUUCUUUGCGUCGAUGCUCGACGAACGUAAGUGUGAGCUGCUCAAGGAGCUCGAAGCGCUCUACACGGCCAAGGUGAGCAGCAAUGCGGCCUGGCUGCAGCGCUCCAAGGAGCUUAUUGACAAGGGUCUGGCCAUGUGCGAGGCUGUUGAGCGUGCGCCGAUACCGCAAUCCCCCCUACUCGGCGAAGCAUUGCUGCUCCGCAAAACGCUGGAACAGCAACUGCACACCGCUGUGCAGGACAUGCAGCUGCCCUUCGAAAUGGAGUUCAUGUCCAACUAUCAGUCCAUACAGGCCGGUGUUCGCAACACUUUCGGCUAUGUGCGUGCCAGCAGUGCGGACGGAGGUCUCAAUGUCGGUCAUGUUGGCAGCAAGCAACCACCCAUUGCCCGUCCUACACAGAGCGCCAGCAACAGCAGCGCCAGCAGUGUGGGCAGCCAUCAUCAGCUGCACCAGCAUCAGCAGCAACAAGCCUUAGGGGCUUCACAUCAUCAGCCGUUGCACGGACUGGGCGGCUUGGGGUUGAGUGCCACCAGCUUGUUGGACAACAGCAACGCCUAUGUGAAUGGAGGUGGUAACGGCUCCUCCCUGAUGCUGGGCGGCCGGGAGCCACACUUUAGUGAGCUGUUGCCCAAGCAGCGCUAUAAUGGCGCCAACAGCGCGCUCUCCCAUUACAAUUCGUACGAGAAAUGGAGCAAUGGAGGCAGCGACAAUCUCUUUCCCUCAUCCACCAGCGCUGGAGGAGCGGCGGGCAGCGGCAGCAACGAUGUUGUCAAUGCCUUCGCCACACAAUUGUCCACUCUAUCGGCUGCCUCUUCGGCAGCUGCGGCCGCCGCUGCCGCCGCCAGUGCUAGCAAUGGCAAUAACGGUGUCGUUAACAUCAACAAUUGCCAAACCGUCAGCUCUGAAUCGUUGCUAGACUUGACCAACAAGCUGCUCUCGGCCUCCAUCUAUCCGCCCAAGUCGCAGAUCAAGCGACAGAAAAUGAUUUAUCACUGCAAGUUCGGGGAGUUUGGCGUCAUGGAGGGCCAAUUCACGGAGCCCAGUGGUGUGGCCGUCAAUGCCCAGAACGAUAUCAUAGUGGCGGACACGAAUAAUCAUCGCAUACAGAUCUUCGACAAGGAGGGACGUUUCAAGUUUCAGUUCGGAGAGUGCGGCAAACGAGACUCUCAACUGCUCUAUCCGAAUCGUGUGGCUGUCGUACGCAACUCUGGCGAUAUUAUUGUGACCGAACGCUCGCCGACGCACCAGAUACAGAUCUACAAUCAAUACGGACAGUUUGUGCGCAAAUUCGGAGCCACCAUACUGCAGCAUCCGAGGGGCGUGACGGUGGACAACAAGGGACGCAUCAUUGUGGUGGAGUGCAAGGUGAUGCGUGUGAUUAUCUUCGAUCAGAACGGGAAUGUGCUGCACAAGUUCGGAUGCUCGAAGCAUCUGGAGUUCCCCAAUGGUGUGGUCGUCAACGACAAACAGGAGAUCUUCAUUAGCGACAAUCGGGCGCACUGCGUCAAGGUCUUCAACUAUGAGGGACAGUAUUUACGACAAAUUGGCGGCGAGGGCAUUACCAAUUAUCCGAUCGGUGUCGGCAUCAAUUCGAAUGGCGAGAUCCUGAUUGCGGACAACCACAAUAACUUCAACUUGACCAUAUUCACACAGGACGGACAGCUGAUAUCGGCGCUCGAGUCAAAGGUUAAGCAUGCUCAGUGCUUCGAUGUGGCUCUCAUGGACGAUGGCAGCGUAGUGCUGGCCAGCAAGGAUUAUCGACUCUAUAUCUAUCGCUAUGUGCAGCUGGCGCCUGUGGUGUCACGUAAAUUGCACAACCACUUGGCAGAAACUAUGCAGACACUGAAAUUAUUAUAAACUCUUUAAAAAUUACAUUACAAAGUUUUUAAAAUGCGCUUGCGCAUUGGAUUGUGCUAUGUGUCUGUGCACGCAGCUGCACAUACAGCAAAACAAUGUGUGCACUCUUAGACCGCAAUUUCCAACACUAUACAUACGUGCAUACAAGCGGUAAAUCAGUGUGAGACGCGCUUGCGCAUCGAAUUGUUCUGUGUGUCUGGGCGUAACAGCAAGACAUGCAGCAAGCCAACGUGCACACUGGCCAUAUUUAGUUGGCAACACUGCAGUGCUGCCCUCUUCAGCUGCAUAUUAACGGUAACUUGGCAGCAUAUUGAACCGCAUUUUUAUAAUCA